AGAGAGAGAGAGAGAGAGAGAGAGAGAGAGAGAGAGAGUUUGCCCGGAGAUGCGGUCCCUGAUCCCGGUGCUUGUAUGUUGCAUCAGCCUGGUUUCCCUCCAGCUGUCGGCUCUGCCGGCCGGGGAGCGUCCCGACACCAGCAGACUGGAUCACCUCAACAAAAUGAUUGGCCAGGAAGAAGAGCUGUCCUUACCUCCAGGAGGCCAAACUAACAGUGUCAGAUCUUCAGAGUCUGGCCAACUACCAAAAAGGCUGCCUGCUUUCCUGGGACACCCACCGGCAUCUGGAGUUAGAGCAGCUGUACCUGGCCUGGCCUGGGCUCAGCCUGCUGAGGCUUCACAAAUCAAAAGAAGGCUGAGGAGAUCUCGUAGCCAGGCACCGUCACGAGGAGGUCACCAGUACCCUAAAAAUGCCCAGCUGAUGAGAGUUGGUUGUGUUCUUGGUACCUGCCAAGUCCAGAACCUCAGCCACCGUUUGUAUCAGCUCAUUGGUCAGACUGGUAGAGAAGAGUCUGCCCCCAUUAACCCAAGAAGCCCCCAUAGUUAUGGAUGAUACAACCUUAAAACACCUAAAGCAAGUCUGUUUCUAUUUAACUAUUUAUCACCUAAUGUAUUACUGGUAGUUUUUAUUUUAAAGACUGAUACAGUUCAAAAAGUCWGUUUCACUUGUUUUACGUGAGUGCUGACUUCACAGUUUUUGCUCGACUGAUGGAUUUUGAACAUUGAAAUUUAAAGAAAUGGACCAAAUCAAGGUUUAACAUCUAAGACUGAGAUGACCUGCCAUCCUGUGAAAAUGUAUCUUCUGAAAAACAUUGAGGUUUUGAGUGGGAGCAAAAAUACCUCAAAUGGACAUUUUCGUUCUGUUAAUGGAAGACUUGGUCCACAACACCAUCCAGUGGCCUCGUCCUGUUUGCCAACUGACCUCUUCAGUGUUGGUUACCCUUCAGCUCAUUGAUCAAACACAUAAAGCUCUUAAUGUGGAUUACGAGCUGCAGCAUGAGCUGGAGCUUUGUCAGAAGCAGUGUAUUUAUAAAUGCCUUUUGAAUAAUCCAAUGAACCCUGUUACCUUUUAUACCAAGUGUGCGUUCCUGGGAUAGUCCUUAAGUUUCAGUCAAACGGACAGUCUGGAGUUAUUUGGAAGGAAUGUAAACAGACUGAAUGCCUCAAAUAUCAGCUUCAGUUCGUUGCUGCUGAUAAACCGAAGCUUGGAGCCACAGGUCGGUGUUUCAUCGCUCCGCUGCUCGUACUUUCUCCUGCUGGACUCUGAAAUAUUACCCUUUUCACAUGAUUGGUUACUGCAAGUCAGGACUUCGGGUUUAAAAAAACCAGUGCCAGCUAUUUUCAAUGCCAAAGGUGCUGUGGUAGUGUCUGUAGCACAAAUGGAAGUAAAAGGUAUUGUGGGUGAAGACUCACUCAUGCA